UAGACUGUUUUUAGCUGCUAACGUACAAAACGUUACGUAACUUCCGUGAAUAGACCGUUUGAGCUGCUAACGUACAAAACGUUACGUAACUUCCGUUAGGUAAUCAUAACAAACAUGGCGACGUACAGGCAGGUCGGCAGGUUGUUCUGGAUCUCAGCGAGACUUUCCCGGCCUCUUGCUGUCAGUGGAUAUCAGUGCGCCGGGUUACACUGGCCUUCACACAACGCAGGAGUCUCGAACAAAUGGCCACAAAACCCCCACUGGGUCGUCCCUGGGAGGACCAUGUUUGUGCAGACGCAGGACACGCCAAAUCCAAACAGUCUAAAGUUCCUGCCCGGUCGUACAGUGCUUGAGGCAGGAACUAUGAAUUUUGCAAAUCCUCGUGACGCACACUGCUCACCCUUAGCCAGACAGCUGUUCAGGAUUGAUGGAGUGAAGGGUGUGCUCCUGGGCCCUGACUUUAUCACCAUAUCAAAGACGGAUUCAAAUAUGGAAUGGAAAGUAAUCAAGCCUGAUGUAUUUGCAGCCAUUAUGGACUUUUUCACUUCUGGACUUCCAAUUGUCAACGAGGACAGCCAGCCUAGUGCAGAUACAGCACCUUCAGACGACGACGAUGAAGUAGUCGCUAUGAUCAAAGAACUGCUGGAUACUCGAAUAAGGCCAACAGUGCAGGAGGAUGGGGGCGACGUCCUGUAUCGGGGGUUUGAAGACGGCGUGGUUAAACUGAAGCUGCAGGGCUCAUGCACAAGUUGUCCCAGUUCUAUUAUCACUUUGAAGAACGGAAUCCAAAACAUGCUGCAGUUUUACGUCCCUGAAGUUGAAUCAGUGGAGCAGGUGAAGGAUGAGGAGGUGGUUGAGGAGGUCGCUCAGGUUUGAACUGCACUGAAACCAGAACCACUUUUCCACAUUCCUCCCUCCCUCCCUCCUCUCAGCUGCUUCCUAUAGUACAAGUCAUAGCAGCAAUAAAACGAGCUGGUGUAUAGCAUAGCAGUGUGAGAGUACUCUUAUCAUAAUUCAUCCAGAUGUUAUUAUAGAUUCUGUUUGGUAUUUUCUGGCCCAUGACAGUAUUUUAAAGAUUGAAACAGACUGAAGAGUGCAGAGCUGAUAAAAAUAAAUAAAUUGUAUUUAUUAUUUCACAUUGUUACAGCUUUUUCUGAAUCAGCUUCUUGUCAAGACAUAUACUGUAUGUAUAUAAAUAAUGUUUAUUGAAAUAUUUUA